UUAAUGGGCAAACUGACAUAGUCACAGCUAGAGGCUUUUAAAAUCUUAACAUCAUCUGUGUUGAUUUUAACUUUAAAGCUAAUAGCAGACACUCCCAGAUGCCUAAUAUAUAAGAAUGGCUUCCACUCACAGUUUUACAGUCAGUGAGGAGUACAUUUAGAGACACACAACGAGAAAAUGAAGCGUUUAUUUUUAUUGUCCAUCCUGAAUGUGCUGCUAAAUAUCUCUCAAGCACGUUCUCCUAUGGUGUUGCCCACUGAUCAAACUGUCGAGUCUGAGCUGUAUGAUGAAAGGGAUAUUUCCUCAAGAAUUCUGGAGGCAAACAAAGAUAUCAGUGAAAUGCUCCUGGAAGGAGAUGUGGCUUUACCCAGAACAAGGAAUGCCAUGAAAUGCCUUAAUAACUAUUGCAAAUGGCCAAAAUUAUCAUCUGGACAGGUUGAAGUGCCUUACACCAUUGCUGACGUUUUCUAUGAUAAUGAGAAGGCAGUUAUUGUUAGUGCAAUGAAGAGCAUCGCUGAUAAAAGCUGUGUUCGUUUUGUGCCGCGAACAAAUCAGAUCGACUACCUCAGUAUUGAGAAUCUAGUAGGGUGCUGGUCUGAUGUAGGACGAUCUGGAGGUAAACAGCAGGUGUCACUGUCAGUGUCAGGUUGUGUUUAUCAUGGGUUAGUUGAACAUGAGCUGCUCCAUGCUCUGGGAUUCCACCACGAGCACACCAGGAGCGACAGGGACCAGUACGUCCGGAUCAACUGGGAAAACAUUCCCAAAGAAUCUGCAUACAACUUUCAAAAGAAGGACACGAAUAAUCUGAAUACCCCUUAUGACUACACCUCCAUCAUGCAUUAUGGAAGGACGUCCUUUGCCAUACAGUAUGGGAAGGAAACCAUCACUCCUAUUCCUGACUCGACAGUGAAGAUAGGACAGAGGCAGGAAAUGUCUAAUAUUGACAUUCAGAGAAUUAACAAGUUCUAUGAAUGUGGUAAAUAAUGCAUGUGUGCACACCAUACAGUACAAAAGGUAGUCUCUUGCAUUUUCAAUAGUAAGUUGGAUAGUAAUCUUACAGAAGUGCUGACAUGCUAAUGGAUUAACUGUAAAAUCAUGUAUUUUUAUACUCGCAACUGUAUAAAGUGGAUUGAAUUCCAGUAAAAUACGGACUGUGACCGAAAUCAAGGAGUUACUACACCAUCACGUAACCAAAGUAUCUUUAUUCCUUCCUUUGUCUGUAACCUGAUCACAUAAACGUAACCGACUGCAGUGGUGCAUCUGAAUAAAUCUUGUUAAGUUUGA